AUGGAAGUAAGUGCGAUACCGCCGAUGCCUUUGGACUUCUCAAUGGUGAGGAGUGGAAGUGGUUCACCUGGUACCCUCAGAGACUCUUCUCCGAGGCCUGUCUCCAACAGCGCUUUUAGAGUGGUCACGCCAAAAGGAGUAUCGGCAAGUGAAGCUCUACGAAAUGGUUUGUGCCAGUCCCUCUGGGGUGCGUCGGCCAGUCGACCAGAGCCUAGAAUAUCACCGCAUAACCUUCAUGAGACUUAUCCCGUCAGAGAAGAAAUCAAAUUCGGCAUCAACCGUUUAGUAAGUGAAAGAACAGAAGAUGAAGAAGAAGAAACCCACCAAGAGCCAAGACCUGAAGGCAUUUCGCCUGCAUCUCGUUGCGGUAGUCCCUGUUGGGCACCAUCCCCCCAAUCUCCAAGAUCUGUCCGUUCCACAUCCCCUGAGCUCGAAGUCGAUUCGCCUCCAUCGUCCCCAAGAAGACCACCAGACUCUUCUCCCCCUCCCAAAAGAUCAGAAGCUUUCUCCGUUAGUGCUCUACUAAGGCCUGAUGCCCCAAGAGUUCAGCCACAAAGACCUUUUUUGUACCCACCAUUGCCUUUCGCGGAGUUUCUGAGAGACGCUGGUAGCUUAGGACUUCCAGGAUGGCCAGGCUACAGUAAUCUUUAUCUGCAUGCAGUGCAAGCUGCUGGUCCUGAACUGUUGAGACUCCGAGCAGCAGUCUUAGGUGCCCCAGGGCCUCUUUCCAGGCCCAUAGGGGAUGUGUACUCUUGUGUAAAGUGUGAGAAGAUGUUUAGUACCCCUCAUGGACUAGAAGUUCACGCAAGAAGAUCUCACAAUGGAAAGCGGCCAUUUGCAUGUGAAAUGUGCAGCAAAACUUUUGGACAUGAGAUUAGCCUUAGUCAGCACAGGGCCGUUCACAGCGUAGAGAAAGUUUUCGAAUGCAAGCAAUGUGGGAAGACCUUCAAGCGGUCCAGCACCUUGUCCACACACCUGCUCAUCCACUCCGACACCAGGCCCUAUCCGUGCCAGUACUGCGGGAAAAGGUUUCACCAAAAGUCUGACAUGAAGAAACAUACCUACAUACAUACUGGUGAGAAGCCCCACAAAUGCCAGGUCUGCGGAAAAGCCUUCAGUCAGAGUUCAAACCUCAUCACACAUUCUCGCAAACACACUGGCUUCAAACCGUUCGCUUGUGAGCUCUGUGGCAGAGCGUUCCAAAGAAAGGUGGACUUGAGAAGACACAAGGAGACGCAGCACGCGGAUAUUAGAACCCCCCAACCGCAUAUGCAGCCUCACACUGAUGUCCAUGCUAUGCAUCCAGCUGACAUGCAUUCUGUGGCUGACCACAGGAUAGAUCUCCGUCCACCUCACCCUGACCUUCGCCAGCAUCCUGACUUCCGGGCGCAUAUGAGUGCCUCAGUUCCAACUCUGCAGCCGCUGCCAUCCUGA